AUGUCUUUCGCAGUCCCCGCAAAGCUGCCCGGCCUCACCGACCGCGAGGCUAUCGCUGACGCAAUCUAUCGCGCGGCCCUCGCCUUUGACCACGCCGAUAAGGACCUCCUCCGGUCGGCCCUCACUGAGGAUGUCGUGGCCGAGAUGCCCGGCUUCUCUACCAAGGGCAUCCCGGAACUCAAAGCCGCUGUCUUUGACCGAGUCUCGAAGCUCGACACAACUCACUUUCUCUCCAACGUGCGAGUCAGCAUCGAGAGCGCAACCACAGCCAAGGUAACGUGCUCAGCAUUGGCUCAGCACGUGCGUCCCGGCAAGGGCUUCGAGCCGGGCCCCAACAAGAUCACGACCGGGGGUUUCUAUCUGGGCGAUGCGGUCAAGGUUGGCGAUCUCUGGAAGCUCAAGUCCUGGAAAGCCAAAAUUCUUUGGGUCGAUGGCGACCGAGCUGUCAUGGCUGGGUCGUCAUAG